AUGCACGUCGCUCUCAGAACGCCUGAGCUUCGCGCCGCCAUCUUCAAGCAGCUUCCACCGACGGCGCUUGUUGCUCUUGCUGGGACAUGCACGCAGCUCUCUGAGCCUGCUCUCGGAUGCCUUUGGUACGAGCUGGAGAACUUCGGUGCUAUCAGCAGCCUCCUGGCCAAGGGGGAUCAUGCGGGCGAUGCCCUACGGAGCGGCAUGAUUGAUCCCGAGGACGUUGAUCGCGUUCGCUAUUAUGGCCAAUUUGUCCAGCGCUUGGUCGUCCGUCCAUCCUCGAUUGGCAUCACUGGACGCGUGUUAUCGAUGGUCAUCACCGCACUUGGCAACAAUCUAUUCCCCAAUUUACGCCAUUUCCAUCACAUGGGACUUUCAGAACACGUACUCUAUCUUUAUCGUGUAGUCCCGCCAUCGCUGCUCAGCUUGGUCAUAGAUAUGGUGGACUCUUCCGACGAUGUCUCGCGAGAUGCCAUGGGUCUGCUUACGACUGCUAUCUCGUCGCUCAAGAGGCAGGGCAACUUCAACGUUGCCAUGUUCUCACUUCGGCUGCCGCCGGACUUUCCUCUCUGGCCGGUCGCCAACAUCAUUGCUGGGUGGAAGAGCUUAAAGAGGCUGUCGCUGCAGGGGCGCAUUGAUGCCAACGCUGUGGCGGCCAUACAUUCCCUUCCCCAUCUGACAAUCCUCGAUCUAUGCUGUCUUGCAGGCGAAUCGUUGCCGUGCUGUUGGCAGAAGGAAUUGUCGUCUCUUCGGGCGCUAAACAUAUGCGUGCAUGCCACAAGCAUGCAUGAGGUGGCUGCAGUCCUCGCCUUCGGCUCUCAGUCUGGCGCCAUGUGCUACUCGCCCAUAUCCAGGAUGCACAUCGAAGGCCUUCGAGACACACUUCGCACGAGGAACAUGGGCGAACAGAUGCGAGAGCAGUGCUCCGCGUUCACCCUGGUGGACCUUAUCCUGAGAUCCGAUAGGGACAGCCAACCAUCGGGCAUCCAGUCAGACGCCCUCACGAUGCGAGACCUCCACCCGUACCUCAGCUUCGUCAACCUUCGCCACGUCGUCAUAGUGCUGAACGGUCCACUAGAGAUAUGUGACGACGAUCUUCAGUCCUUAGCACUCGCCUGGCGGCAGAUACGCUCCCUCCAUCUGGAAGGCAGCACUUCCACGACAACGCUCUGCACUCUCAAGGGACUCAUAUAUCUCGUACGUCAUUGCAAGGACCUCGAGCAGCUCACCAUCGCGCUGCACUCGACUUCCAUCGCCUUCCCGAUCAAGAAAGCGGACGUCAGACACCACACCCUUCAGCACAUCAAUUUCCUCAACUCGCCCAUUGCCAUUGGUAAGGAAACCAUAUUCACCGCCAUGUUCAUGGCAAUGUAUUUUCCCUUCAUUCCCCGCAUCUCGUCCACAGGGGAAGACAGUCAGCGGGCGUGGGAAGAAGUCGUCGCUUGCCAAACUAUAAUGCUCUGGGAGGUCGAGGGCUGUACCGCUCCUUGGAUCAUGUUCACGGUAGGCCACCACUCCCCUCAUCUACGUUCAUUCCGCAGCUGA